AGCUGAACAAUGACAGUGAAUGCAGGAAGAAAGUUGUUCAUGAAACUGCGGUGUCCUUAGUAGUCAAAGAAAAAGUUACUAAAGUUCAAUAUAGUUACAAAGGUAAGAAUUGUGUGCAUAUAGAUCUUGGAGAGAUUUUUGGACAAUAGACAUUAUACACAAAAAGUUUCUCUUCUAAAUCCUAAAGUUACCAGAAAUUGUAGUUCUUUUGUCUUGUGAUAAAUAUUCUUAGGUAAGCUGAAUGGGAAGAUCUGCUCCUGACCUAUCCAGAUACUGAACCUCAACUAACAGAUAUGAAUUUAGUUGUUUCUAUUUCUAAUCAAAGAAAUAAAGCUUGCUCCUUAAUUGGGUUGGGAGGCUGACAUUAGAAGGUAAUAAUAUUCUUGGCUUCAAAGCAAAAUUGGGGAAAAAACAAAACAGAAGAAACCCUUUUCGGACCCACGAGACUCAGGUACUUUCUUAGCUCUUCUUAUAGAGUUCCUGUCCUCUUCUGGGCCUCCAGGCACCCUGAGGACUGCUGGGAAAACCAGGUGAGAAGGCAUAUGUGGUUACAUGGUAUGUGGUUACAUACCUGGCUCUUAAGAGAGAGCUAUUCUAUCUUGAUUGAUCCGCCACCAUAUCUGCUGAGCAGUGUGAACCUUCUAAUAGUUAUAUGACAUUACCAUUCUCCAGUAGGCGAAUUCUUUAAUUUUUCGAACUUUUAGCACAAAAGUUCGAAGUCACACAACUCUGUGAUUGGAUCAGGCUGUACAAUACCAAACAUCCAAAGAGAGAGAAAGAAAAAAAAUUCAAUGGGGCAUCAACAUUUUAGGAAAGUUCUUCGUAGUUCAUUUCAGGUAAACUUUUAAAGGAAUCCAGAACGUCUGUGCCACUCCCUCAAGGCAGGAGGGAUACACAUCUGUACCUUCACUCUCUUAUGUCUCCAGGGACAGAAGUUUCACUAGGAAGUUUAUCACUGUGGUUUAUCAAACUCUGCCCUGUUGGCCCAAUCCCAUGUCUUAUUCCUUAGUGAAGAUAAAGAACCGUGGUCAGCAUAAUAUAAACAAGCAUUUAAAGCCAGUAAGAGAGUGGAAGGAGAUGACUUUCCAAGGUCAUGUAUCUCCUUCCUCAAGCCCUUCAAAGGCUUCCAUCUGAAUUCUCCUACGUGGUCUUAUACGGCUCACUCCUGCCUGUGUCUCCAGCCUUACAUCACUGAAUUCCUGCUAUCCUGGCCUUUUUCCAGUUCCUAGAGCAAACCAAACCGUUUUCCCUCUCAGGACUUCAUACUUGCAGUUCCUUGUGCUGGAAUGUUCCUGUCCACUCUGUCCCCGGCUAACUCCUAUUCAGACUUGGCAUCUCACCUCCAAUGUGCGUCCUUCAAGGAGAGCUUCCCAAAAUCCCCAGAGAGGGAAAAAAUAUUGUUUAUUAUGCCUAUGAACAAAUGAGCCAAACUCUAGGUUUGGAGCUUUUGAAUGCAGUCUAUUACAGCAUCUCUGCUUAUUAGAACUAAUAUACUAUAAUUAACAGAAUGAGGGUAUUUGUUGAAGUGUGUCUUCUUUGAUAUGAACACAACAGCAUCAGGUAUUUUAUUUCACUGAGAAAUUAUUUCAGGAUCUUUUUCAAACACACACAAAUUAUUCCAGUGAACUAAUUAAAUUUUCUUCAUUAUUUUAUUCUUUUUAGCUUUUAAUUUUGAACUAUUCUGAGACUUACAGAAAAGCUAUAGAAAUAAUAGAGCUCUCAUAAACCCCUCACCCAGUUUCUCUCAAUUUUAACAUGUUACGUAACUGUGGUACAGUGUUCAGAAUGAGGAAAUUAACAUUGGUAUAGUAUUGACACUAUUCACUAAACUAUAGACUUUGUUCCAAUUUCACCCUUUUUUCCACUAAUUCCCCUUUUCUGUUCCAGGAUCAAUCCAGGAGCCUUAUUACACUUAGUUGCUGUGUCUCCUUCCUCUCUUCCAAUCUACGACAGUUCCUCAGCCUCUCUGCUUUCAUGUCUUUGACAUUUUUGAAGAGUUCUUAUCACCUCCUCCUCAGGCUGCCCCUCAAUGUGGGUUCAUUUGAAGUUUCCUCUUGAUUAGAGUGAGGUUAUUCCUUUUGGGCAAUAAUACCACAGAGAUUAUGUUGUGUUUCCCAGCGCAUCAUAUCAAAGGGUUUAUGAUGUCAAUAUGUCUUCUUCCUGGUGAUGUUAACCUUGAUCAUUUGGUUUAGGUGGUGUCUGCAGGGUUUUUCACUGUAUAGUUACUAUUUUCACUUUCUGAUUAAUAAAUACAUUGUGGGAAGAUACUUUGAGAUCAUGCAAAUAUCCUGUUUCUCCUCAAACUUACACCCACUAAUUUUAGUAUUCAUCAGUGGAUACUGAAUGCAACGACUAUGAUGCCUAAUGGUGAUUUUUCUAAUUUCAUUUUUUCCUUCUCUAUUUAUUAAAUUGGAAUUCUAAUGCAAAGAAGAGCAUUUACUUCUCCCCCAUUUAUUUAUUUAUUCAAUUGCUUAAAUAUAUCAAUAUGGACUCAUAAAUAUUUACUUUAUUCUUUGAGUUAUAAUCCAAUACUAUUAUUAUUAAUUUUGCUGCUCAAAUUGUUCCAGCUUUGGCCAUUAAAAGCUCUUUUAGUUUGGCUCCCAUGUCCUUUCAACAAGCCCCAUUCUUUUUAAGCAUUUCAUUGCUUUCUAGCAACAUAAAAUGUUUCAGGUUCAUCUUGUAUUUUCCCUUCCCCAGGGCUGAAUCAGCUACUUCCCCAAGGAGCUCUAGCUCCUUCUACUGGAGAAUAGGAUCUAGAAACCAAAAUCUAGUUGCCAGGCAUACUCAUUGCUACUGGAAUGUUGUUUCUAGGCUCUCUCAGCGGACAGAGCUGGAAGUUAUAAAUAUGUAUACUAACCCAGGCAUCCACACACAUCUGUAUUUCUGUAUCUAUAUGUAUGUGUCUAUGUAUACAAAAGACAAUAAGCUUACACUGAUACCUGUGAUUCCAAGAGCACAGAGUUCAUUGUCUUUAUUUGUAGCUUCUUUCUCCAACAGUGAGAAACCUGAUAUCAUUAUCUAUAAUAGAUUUACUUAUUUCUUCAUUUCUAGUUUAGAGUUUCAGAAGUAUUAACCCAUGCUUCUAUGAGAAGGACAUUUACUAACUAGAUUAUAGUAUCUAUAUACAGUUCUUUUGUCUUUAGCUUUAUAAUACCCAGUCAAGAUACUGUUGACCAAAGUUACUUAGAUUAGACCGGUUUUCUUUCACCUUCUUUACUUUAUUGUCUAUUUGUAAUAAGGUUAGGUUCAUUUGUUACUGUUUGUAUUUCAGUUGGGGUUUCCCACAUGCUAGUUGGUUUUGUUUCUUGAUUUGGGAGUAUUUGAAGGGUAUGUGAGACAUUACUGUAGUUUAAGAGUCAGAGAGAGAUGUACCAAAUGGUACACUUGGAGAGGGGUUGCCCCCUCAUCAUCCUUACAAUCUGGUUCCUAUUCUCAUUCCACGUCACCCCCGUAGGUAACCAGUCUCCUUAGUUACUGGUUUAUCCUUCCUGUAUUUCUUCUGCACCAGUGAACAGAUAUGUGUGUAUUUUCUCAUAUUCCCCUUCUUUCUCACAUGAAACCUAGCAUACUACAGGUUCUCUUUUCCACUUAGCAUUUUUUCACUUAACAGGAUAUGUCUUUUCUGCUUCACAAAUCUGUAAUCCUCAAAGGUAGGCCCUGACUCUACCGGCCAAAUUCAUAUCAAGGCUAAAUCGUUUCCACAUCUUGCUUCAACUUCGCAGGAAAGCACCUGAUAUUAAACAUAUUGUAUGCUAAAAGUCAAGAACUUGGUCUACAUCUGGGUGCUCUAUUGCAGCUAAAGCAGGAUUUGUCUUCUCACAUGUUCUUUCCAUCAAACAAGCUUGUCCUCUUUUCCAGCUUCUCUCCCAUUCCCUUUGGAGCAGACAUGAGGGAUUUCUUGUACAUUUGCGUGUACAUUUAUCAUUUCUUGGCUGUUAUAUAGCUCCUCAUUGAUCAGCUCGAAGCCCAUCCUCAGCAUGUCUGGAGAGCAUCACAUACCUGAGAUCUAAGCGUGUGGCUAUAGGUAUCACCAGCCUCCCCUUUCAGAAGACGUGCUCCUACUGCCUGUAGCUAUUUAUCCAGCUUCCUAUAGUACAAACCCAGGAAAGGCAGAAUUUGCUCCCUAGAGAACAGUAAAGGAGAUCUGUUACCCACAGGAGGUGGCAUGGUGUACGACCAAGGCGGUAGGGCUGAGGAGGGGCGUCAGUUCCCUGAGUGCACCAUUCCAUACAGCUCUGACUCAGAGCCAUAGGUAGGAUGCAGAUUUUGCAUUUAAGCCUAAACUUUAGACAAAGACAAUAAGCAGUAACAUAUAUUUUUAAUUUUUAAUAUUAAUGCUAUAAAACUAAUACUUUAGUAGAAGCAUCUCAUAAAACGUUAUGAGCAUAAAACAUUAACUAUUUUUAAGUGCUUGGCAUAGUGCUUUUCACAAAUGUCACUCAGUAAAUUUGCCUUUUUGGUUAAAAGGCAUCUUUCAUUAUAUGCAUGAUUUUUUUUUUUUUUGCUGUACGCGGGCCUCUCACUGUUGUGGCCUCUCCCGUUGCAGAGCACAGGCUCCGGACGCGCAGGCUCAGCGGCCAUGGCUCACGGGCCCAGCCGCUCCGUGGCAUGUGGGAUCUUCCCGGACCGGGGCACGAACCCGUGUCCCCUGUAUCGGCAGGCGGACUCUCAACCACUGCGCCACCAGGGGAGCCCUGCAUGAUACUUUUAAACUGACUCUCUACUUGCAUCUUUUUCUUCAUGUACAAUUUUACCAGUUUCCUGUGUCUCUGGUGGUCUGCCUAAACCUACAAAUAUAACCUUCUUAUCUAUAAACAUGAAGAAUAUCCUACAGUGGAACCCACCACAGGGCCUACAAGGAGUGGAAGUUACUUAUUCUGUGCAGUAUUUCAUCAGAUAUGGGCAAAAGAAAUGGCUGAAUAAAUCCGAAUGCAGAAAUAUCAGUAGGACCUACUGUGAUCUCUCUGCUGAAACUUCUGACUACGAACGUCAAUAUUAUGCCAAAGCUAAGGCCAUCUGGGGAACGAAUUGUUCUAAAUGGGCAGAAACUGGACGAUUCUAUCCUCUUUUAGAAACACAAAUUGGCCCACCAGAGGUUGCUUUGACUACUGAUGAGAAAUCCAUAUCUAUUGUUCUGACGGCUCCAAAGAAGUGGAAGAAAAACCCAGAAGAAAGCUCUAUUUCCCUGGAACAAAUAUACUCUAAUCUGAAGUAUAAUGUGUCCAUACAUAAUACUAAAUCAAAUAGAACGUGGUCCCAGUGUGUGACAAACCGAACGCUGGUAUUCGGCUGGCUGGAGCCGGACACUCUGUACUGCGUCCUCGUGGAGUCCUUCGUCCCAGGCCCUCCUCGCCUUGUUCAGCCGUCUGAGAAGCAGUGUGUCAGUACUUUGAAAGAUCAAACAUCAACACUGAAGGUUAAAAUCAUCUUCUGCUAUGUUCUGCCCAUAUCUGUUACUGUGUUUAUUUUUUCUGUGAUGUGCUACUCCAUGUACAGAUAUACCUACGUCGGCAAAGAGAAACACCCAGCAAAUCUGAUUUUGAUUUAUGGAAAUGAAUUUGACAAAAGAGUCUUUGUACCUGCUGAAAAAGUUGUGAUUAACUUUAUCACCCUCAAUAUUUUGGAGGAUUCUAAAACUUCUCAUAAGGAUAUAAGUGUAAUGGAAAAAAGCAAUGAUGCCUCAGACCUGAAUGAGCCCAGCAAGGACCAGGAGCCCCAUCAGGAGGAAGUGGAGGUGAAACACCUGGGAUAUGCUUCCCAUGUGGUGGACAUUGUGUAUGACCCUGAGAAAAGCACCCAAGGGACUUCCUUAAGCCAGCAAGAGCCACCCAGCAGGACAAUGCCCACAGAUAAAACAGUCAUCGAAUAUGAAUGUGAUGUAAGAACUAGUGACAUUUCUGUGGGGCCUGGAGACCAGGAGUUCAAUUUGCAGGAGGAAGUGUCCCUACAAGGAAAGUUAUCUGAGCAACAGGCAACUUUAGCAGACUUGGGUCCACAAACACUACCAUAUUCAUAUACCCCUCAGCUCAGAGACUUGGACCACCUGCCGCAGGGGCAUGUGGACACAGAGGAGGGGCCAGAGGCAGAACCAUCAACCACACUGGUCGAUUGGGACCCUCGGACUGGCAGGCUGUGUAUACCUUCAUUAUCCAGCUUUGAACUUGACUCAGAGAGAUGUAAGCAUCCUGAGUCUGAGGGACUCGAGGAGGAGGGCCUCUUAUCUAGACUCUACCAGGAUCGGGCUCCAGACAAGACACUGGAGGAACAUGAAGCCUAUCUCAUGCAGUUUAUGGAGGAAUGGGGAUUAUAUGUACAAAUGGAAGACUAACACUCAAACGUCCCUUUGCCAGACCUCUACUAUUACAAAACACGUGAGUGCAAACAGAUAAGUGACCGAAUAAUAAAGUACCGGAGCCAGAAGUUUACUCGGA